GGAACAUAUCAACAUCCCCACCAUUCUGUUCUAUUGUCUCUUUUAUACCUCAUCUAUGCUAGGACAGCUAGCCUGGUACCCAAGAUGAGGUCAAUUACCCUCGUAGCCAGCUGUCUGGCAGCUCUUUCGAGCUUCGUUACCGCCGAGUUGAACCUCUCCCAACCUUUGCGAUCAAAACAGGUGCUAUCCAGCGCAUUCAAGCCGCCGCAGGUCUUCAAGAAUGCCAAUUUGGUCCGCACGACGAAUCUCGACAAAGCCUUUCCCCGAGAGACCAUCAAUGUCGUUAUUGAAAACAUUGAUACGAAGCCGCAGUCCGAAUACUACCUUCCGUUCGAGACAAGCUUGAUUUCGAAAGUUGGAGGUUUGGAAGCUUCUGAUAAGAAGAAUCCUAAUCUUGGAGCUUUCAAAGUAGAGGUCGUAGGAUUUGAGGAGGCCAGUUCAACCGAGUUCUACCUCAUUCAUCUACCGAAACCGCUCGCUCCCAAGGAACAGCAGACGCUCAGCAUUACCUACUCGAUCCUUUCGACGCUUUCUCCAGUCCCGGCGACCAUUGCUCAGUCUGAAAAGCAAUAUGUUCAGUAUACCUUCAGCGCAUAUACCCCAUCUGCAUACACGACCGACAAACAGAAGACCAAAGUCAAGUUCCCCAAUGGCGACAUUCCGGAUUAUACCACUCUCCCUGCAGACGUGAACGCCGAGAACAAAGCCGACCCUCAGAAGCAAGGGUCCACAUUCACUUAUGGGCCGUACGAGAAGAUUCCAGCCGGUGCGGAGCAGGAGGUCAGCGUGCGCUACGAGUUCACGAAGCCACUCACCCACGCAUCUUUGUUGGAGCGAGAUAUCGAGGUUUCCCACUGGGGUGGUAACCUAGCGGUCGAGGAGCGUUACUGGCUUCAGAACCUGGGCGCAAAGCUCAAGAACCACUUCUCUCGUGUUGAAUGGCAGAAGUCGUCCUACAUGAGCCCACCCACAUCCGCGCUCAAAGCGCUCAAUCUCCCCUUGAACCCAGGUGCUCUGAACCCAUACUUCACGGACGACAUUGGUAACGUUUCGACCUCGCGAUUCCGACCCGGCAAGAGGGAGGCUCUCUUAGAAUUGAAGCCACGCUACCCUGUUUUCGGAGGAUGGAAGUACAGCUUCCGUGUUGGCUGGGACGCAAACCUUUCAAGCUACUUGCGAAAGGUUGCAGGUGGCGACUCUUAUGUUCUUAAGGUGCCCUUCUUGGAGGGACCUCGCCAACCCGAGGGUAUCGAGUACGCGCGCGUCAACCUCCGUGUCAUCCUGCCCGAAGGCGCUACCAAUGUGAAAUAUUCCACCGUCGUUCCGGUCAUUGACAGCGAUACCACCCUGCACAGAACCUUCAUGGACACCAUCGGCCGUACCACGUUGUCCCUCACUGCCAUUAACAUUGUCGACGACUUCCGCGACCGUGACCUGAUCGUUACCUACGACUACCCCUGGACAGCCGGGUUCCGGAAACCCGUCGUCAUCACGCUGGGAAUGUUUGCCAUUUUCGCCACGGUAUGGGUAGUGGGAAGCCUUGACACCAGCAUUGGAAAGAAGAAGACCGCUUAGCAGAAUAUAGGACGGACAGCAGUUAGGAUUCAAGUCGAUUGAAAUGAGUGGAAGGAUAUCAAAGGGAACCAAAAUUAUAUAGGAGUAUGGGUCUCUGAAAUGUAUUAUGCUUUUCAUGAGCGUUGGUAUGUUUGUUACUUCAUGUAGAACAAAACAUUGGUGUUUUAGCAAUUCUGAGCCUUUGACUAGUAUCACACAGUAUUGAUCGUUUUCUCAUUAACUUUAUUGCUUAACGGAAAGAU